GAGCGGACAACUCGCCUGGCACUGGAAUGCAUGGUCCAGAUCAGUCAAUUCUACUCGACAAUCCUAAUAUCAACAAGUACACAUUAUAAAGAACUCCGCUCCUCCAUGCAGAAUCACGUUCGGUCCAAUGCACCUAUAUUAUUGAAUGGAAUGGUAACAGCCGGAGAUGUAAUGCGCAUCAAGGCCACCCCAACUACCUGGCCAGUAUUCCCAUCCAUCAUCAAGUCACAAGAUAGCCAGUCCGAAAUCUGUGAUGUGAUUUUUCGAAGCCCAAUCAUAGAGAGAGUGAGAAAACUCGCUCCUCACCCCUCAUCAUCAAAAUGUCACACAAACAAGUGGAAACCCACCUCGGUGUCUGACGGGAUGAUCACAAUGGCAGCUACUCUGAAUGGCAACAAGAUGGGUAUCAACUACUUCGAUCGAUGGGUUACCUACAGGCAUCUUCUCACCAAGCACCAGGCCAACCCGUCUGUACAGUAUCUACAUGAAGAGCUCAACAAGAGCAUCUUCAGCGGCCAAGAGGUUGUGGUCAGCCAUAGCGAGCCACUCCAGGGGGAUGGCUUGGCAGCUGAGCACAAUGAGCUCGACAAACUUGAAUGGUCUUUUGCACGCCGCAAGGAUUCUACGAACAAUCCACAAGCUAUGUUGGCUUACUCACCCCCUGAUAUUAGCGAGGUGGAAGUAACCAACGAUGGGGAACCUUCCAUGCAGAGUGAUGGUGGCCAUCAACGGCUCUCAUCCCUGGCACGCGAC